GCUAUAAGAGCACCUGUGAUCAGCAUGAACAUCACUGCAAGAAGAAAAAGCUCCUCCGAACUCAACAGGCCAAAUUGUCAAAAGCAUCAUGAAGACCUUCAUCUUUACAAAUAGUUUGCUCAUCUGCAUGCUGCUGGGGUGUCUAUGGGGGACAGCUCAGACGAGGAAGCUUCAUCUGGGCAGCUGUGUUGCCAACAUUCAUACUCAUGAGCUCAGGCAUCACUUCCAGCACAUCCGUCAAGAGAUGGUUUCGGCAGAUGAUCAAAAAACCAUCAGAUUACUCAGAAAAGAUGUGAUGAACAACUUACAGGUCACAGAAAGAUGUUGUUUCCUCAAGCAGCUUCUUCACUUUUACAUGGAUAAGGUCUUUAUUAACUACACAAGUGGCCAUUCCCUGCACCGCAGAACCACCAGCGUCCUUGCCAACUCUUUCCUUGGAAUCUCCAAGGAUCUGCGAGAAUGUCAUGCCAAUGCACACUGCGAAUGCACUGAAGAAACCAGAUCAAAACUUCACAGCAUUCAAAACUUGUAUGACAAGCUUGACCACAAAGCAGCAGCAGUGAAGGCUAUUGGAGAACUGGAUUCGCUGUUUGAAUGGCUAGAAAGUUUGCAACACCAUUAAGACCAUCAAGGUCAAACUAAAUAGGCUAGAUGAUGUUUUAUAUUUGUAAAGCUCAGACUAAGCUGUGUUAAUUUAUAAAUUAAAUGUUUUGUACUACUAAAGUAGAUUGAGUAACUCUAACAUGGAGUGCCAUUCUGAAAACAACUUUUUUUCAGUAUGUAUAUACACUAUGUAGGAAUAAUAUAUUCCAGUAACCGUGGACCAUAUUUAUGCAUGAUGUAUGUAUGUCAUGCUGCAAUGUAGACCUUUGAGGUCAGUUUGUAAUUUGAGUUUUUAACUUAUAUUUAACUUAUAUAUAAUUAUG